CGAAGACGACAUAGAUAAAAAUUUAAUUAACAUAUAUACAAGUGUUACAAGUGUGUGUGUGUAUUGCAAGACACCGCUAAGAGCGCUGCAAAGCAGCCCAGAAAGAAGAAGACAAGUCUGCAGUCAGCGAGUAACCAAAUAAAACAAAUUAAGCCAAACAAGAACUACACACAAAAUGCUGCAAAUAAAACAAACGAAAAACAAUAAAAAUGAAAUUAUUGUGGUCGAGAAGAAACCAAAGAUGCCGUCGGCCAACACAAACACCUCGAUUAUUACAUAUAGUCCGAGCAAAUUUAUUGCCAGGGCUGGAACACCAUACACAAAAAUUCAAACCCACACACAUACACAUGCAAACACAAACAUAGCCAGAGCGUCGGCUCCAUCGGCAGCAGCAACAACAAUAACAACAGCUAAAAUGCCAACAACAGCUGCAACCGCUAAUACCUCUUACUAUGUGGUUAAGGCGGGACAGUUGGGCAGCGCGGCAUCAAUAUUGAGCUCGCCGCCAAAAGCAGCGACGGCAGCCGCAUCCGCGUCUGCAACGAUUUCAACAGAGAGUUCUAGCACCAUUUCGGCACCCAGUGAAACCUCCAUGGAGCAUACUUAUAUGCGCGAUGCUCCUCGUCCGGACAAUACAAUAAACAAUGGUUUGGCACCCGCUCGCACUAUUCUCGUUCGUCAUGCACCGCAGUGCCCCACCUGCCACACAUAUCCAGCUCACGACGAUUCGGGGGACUCACAGCAAACAGCCCAUAUACCAGCUUAUGAUGAAAUUGCGGCUAAGGAGCUGAUGAACGAGUGCGCACGCAUUGCCAAGUAUGUUCGAAAUAAUAAUUCCGAUGAACAGGACUGGCAGGAACGCAUCAGUCGCAUUGGCUGGACAACUAUGCAAGAAACGCUGUUUGAUAAAGUUGCUACUAUAUUGGAUCAGGACCAAUUAGCUCGUUUGGCCAACGAUAAGCGUCAACAUGAGGCAGUGCACCGACGGGUGGCUGUUGACAAGUCUAGUUCGCGUAUGCGACGUGCUUUGGCCAGCGUUGCUUGGGAGCCACGUACGACACAGUGGCUGCAUGCGCUGCUCAUGGAGCAGCUUCCACCUUCCUAUAUGGCUUCCUAUUUGGACAUUAUGCAAACGCUUAAAAGCAAGCUGCCAACACUCGUUGAUAAAAUGCUCUUUAGUCGUCCGCUGAACAAUUCCCAAGAGUUACUUGCUCCUGUGAUGAAGAAGCGCUGGCAACCGGAUAUUUUGGCCAAAUCGAGGCAUUUGGCACACAAUGCCAUUAUGGUUGCAGUGCCAAAUAUGCCCGCUAGUGGCAGCGUGCCGCAGCGUAUGCAAAAUUGGUAUGAGGCCUUGGCGAGCAUAACACAAAUUGUCCAGAUUGUUCUGCCAAACACGAACGAUCGCAUUGGAGGCCAAAAUUUGGAUCAAGUGGCCGAGACGAUUGUCUCGCUGACACGCGUCCGUAUACACGAGCUACGCACCGAAAAUCCUCAUCGUGGCAUCAUUCUAAUAGGUUUUAAUGCAGGGUCUGCACUUGCUCUGCAAGUUGCCAUGUCGGAGAGUGUUGCGUGUGUAAUUUGCAUGGGCUUUGCAUAUAAUACGCUACGCGGUCCACGCGGAGCUCCCGAUGAUCGUCUUCUGGACAUCAAGGCACCUAUUUUGUUUGUCGUCGGCCAGAAUGCGGCACGCAGCAGCCAGGAGGAAAUGGAGGGUUUGCGUGAGCGAAUGCAAUCUGAAUCCUCGCUAGUCGUCGUCGGUAGUGCUGACGAUGCAUUACGAGUUCCUAAAAGCAAGCGUCGCAUCGAGGGCGUAACCCAAGCUAUGGUCGACUCUAUGGUUGUGGAUGAGGUUUAUGAGUUUGUCAACAAGACUUUGAGCAAUCCACCAGGUCCUCGCAUGCCCACUUCUUUGCUAGGUAGUAACUCAUAUCAACGACAGCCCAAGCAACAGCAGCAUAUUUUGGCUGAUGGUAAUAUGAACAAGUCGCAGCUUGCACCAGCACGAAAACGUAAAGCACAUGACGGAGGGCAGGAAGAGGGCUGUAUGCAGGCCGCCAAAUCUAAAAUUGUGCCGCACAAAGCUCGCGUGCCCAAAUUGCCCAAACCAAAGCCGCCACGCCUCAUUGAUCCGUUUGCGGUGAAGCGAAAGGUUGGGCGCCCACGCACGCGUCCACUGCCUGGUGGCGUGCCAGCAGCUGCGAUCAAGCCAAACCUAUUAGAGAAGCAUGUGCUGACCAAUGAGGAGAUGAAUAUGUCUAUUGAGUCUAUGCUGGAGGAAACACUUGACUAUGAUGAUAAUCAGCAACACGUGUCAGCUCCUGCAACUGCUGUGGGAAAGCAAUCGCAGUCGAAUGUUAUUAAGCCCGUGUCGACGCCAACCACUGUGGCGCUCUCAACAGGGACAAAGAUCAAGAUGAUACCAUCCAGCCAGUUUGUGCAACUGAAGUCGCUGCCGACGCAAAAUAAACUGGUGAACUACACUAUCAGCAAGAGCAGCAACAUAAGCAGCACCCCCACAACUGUGGCCAGCACAAGCAUUGGUAGCAUUGUUAAGACUCUGCCAGCUUCCAGUGGUCAACAGAUUUUUACCCUUAAGACUCCGUCGGGCCUUACAACGCAAUUUGUUACCGCUGCUAGUGGCAACACAUCAACGGCUGCAACGGCGGCAGCAGCGGCGGCACAGCAGAAGUAUACUGUGGUCAAGAAUGCCAGCGGAAUAACCAUGCUUCAAAUGACCAAGAAUGUGUCGAAUACGCAGUCAACUGUAGGUAACAAUAUGGAUCUGUCGAAUAUUAUAGACAUGCCAAUUGUGUUUGCGGACAAUGAAGGCAACUUUGCCGAGCAACAGCAGCAACAGCAUCAGCAAUCGGAGUCUAUUAAAACUGCAGCGAACAGCCCCUUAAUCAUCAGCCAGAAGAUCAUCAAGGAAGCAACCAAUCCACAGAUUAAGCCAACCAGUAUUGUGACCAACAGCAAAGGCAUUGUGAUUAAUAAAGGCAUUCAGCAGCUGUUUACCACAACAUCAUCAACUGGAAAUAAGCUUGUCUAUUUGAAUCGCAGCAACAUGAAGCCAAUGGGCACUGCAGCGGGAACCACAACCGCAGCUACAGCGCGUCUGCCAAGCGUUGGCACGCCCCUUCCUAUACGCAUUGUGAGCAGCACUAAGCCUGCAAUGAGCACAAACACCACGAAUAGUCCCUUACUGCUUGAUGGUGCAAAUAUGAAAACUUUGAAUUUGCAAGCAAUUAAGACAACAGCGGGCACGCCUGUACUAAAUACUGGCACGACGGGCGCACUGCGUCUGGGCAAUAAGACUUAUCCGCAAUUUCAGCUUAUAAACAAUCCAGUUAUUGGCUCCAAUGUGACGAAUGAUGGCAAGCAACAGCAGCCGUUACGCAACAUAUACUUUAAAUCCGCCACAGGUCUGAAGCCCGUGCAAAUGUUGUCCAACCGAUCGCCGGCAAUACCAACCAUAGCGCCGGGCGGUGCUGCGGUACGCCGCGUGUUAAACAUUGGUCCCAUCACGAAGCCCACCACUGUGACAGUCAAGGAUUCUAAAAUCAUUAAGGCAUCACCGACGACAGCAGCAUCCGUAACAAUAGCGACAGCAGCUACAACGACGACAGGCUCCAUAGGAACACUUCCACAAAGCAAGGCCUUGGAAUAGUAGCCAUUCUGCAAGCCUCUGUCUCCCGCGCCUUCUUUGUUGAGUUUACAUUUAAAUGUACUUGAACUCUAGAAUCCAUAAGAUAUAUAAGCCAUAAGUUAUUAUAUAACAGUUGUG